AUGCAGGUCGAACUUUUGAAAUUGAUGAUUUUAACUGUCUUCUUGAUACAUCAUAUUCUUUUAGAUGGAAUCAAGAAAAGCAGAAAUCUACUUUACAUUCAGCAAAUAAUCAAUGUGGUACAAACGGAACUUGCUCAAUUUUUCAUCAAAGAAUGGAACUCUCGUUACAAAUUAACACAUGGAGAAUGGGACGAUACCAUAAAGAGUGGUAAAAAAUUUUGCACUUUAGAAUCGGGUAGGAAGUUGGAUAAAACACUAAAGUUAAAAUAUCAAGAUGGAGACACAAGUAAAUGGGACUGCACAACAUUAUUCGAUGCUAUACUUUUUUCAAAAUCGAUUAGCAGACAUCUUGAUAAAAAAACAAAGGAUGCUGUUCAUGCACUUCGUGGUGAAAGAAACAAAGACGCACAUUGGUAUGAAAGCGAAUACUCAGAUGAUGAUUUUGAUAAAAUAGUCAAUAUCAUUGAAAAAUCAUUUCAAGAUUUGAAAUUUUCUCUCGAUGAAAUCAAUAAAAUAAAAAAUCAUCGUAACAGUUUUAAUUCGUUUCAAGUUUUUCCUUCAAAACCUAAACAUUUUCUCGUUGAACGCAUCGAAUUACGAGAUAAAAUCAUAAACGAUCUUAAAAAAUUAAGGAAUGAUAACAAUAACGAACUGACAAUGAAAAUUUUUCCGCCAAAGAAAGUCAAGAACCUUCGAUCGUUAGUAUCUGCUCGAUUGAAAUUCUGGCAAAAUUGGUUGAUUAUUGUCGACAACGUUGUGCAACUGAGCGAAAUUUCUUCGUUACUACCACAAGUAGGUGAUCAUAUGUGGAAAAAUGGACAACUAAUAAUAACUGUUCAGAAUACAGAUGCCGUACCUUACGAUGAAUUAUCCAGCAAACAUAUUUCUAUCAGUAAAGGAUUGAAUGACAGAGAAUGUUGUCAAUUGUUGAAUUCUUACACUAAAGAUGAAAAUGCUGAUGAUCAAUUGUUGAAUGAAGUAUCGCACGCCUUAGAUCGUCAACCGCUGUCUUUGGCUGCUACUGGUUAUUAUGUCAGUCGUGUAAACAAAGCAAACUGUUCAUUUACUUGGAAAGAAUAUUUAAAGAAAAUAUCUUUAGAAGAAGAAGAAAACAUGAGCGCCACUUUUGUUAAAUUCAACUCGGUAUAUCCUAGAAGUAUGUUACAAGCUUCACUUUUAGCUGUCAAACAAAGUGCAGAAGAAUCCUCAAUAUUAGCACUGGUUAUUAGCUUUUUUUCUAUGAUAUCAUUUGAUCCUUUACCACGAGACAUUAUGGUUUAUUAUGUUCAACAAAAUGAUCCCAAACAAGCUGAGGAAGAUAUAUGUCUUUGUUUAGACGAAUGCUCAUUGUUCUUGCAUUCAGAAAAUAAUGACAUUAGUCUACAUCGUAUUGUUCACAAAGCAAUUAUUGAUUAUCAAUCUGAACAUUCAAAUGAAGAACAUGAAAUGGAAGCUAAUGUUGAUCAAAUAUCUGAAGCACUUUACAUGUUUAAAGAGAGAGACGACGAAAUCAAAUUAAUGCCACAUGGUAAUGUGUUUUAUGAAACUGGAAACUACGACAAAGCUAUAGAGUUUCAUGAAAAAGCUCUGGAAAUUCAAAAACAAUCGUUAGGUCCAAAUCAUGUUGAUGUCGCUGGGUCUUUAAACAAUCUUGGUAAUGUGUAUAAAGAUACUGGAAACUACGACAAAGCUAUAGAGUUUCAUGAAAAAGCUCUGGAAAUUCGAAAACAAUCGUUAGGUCCAAAUCAUGUUGAUGUCGCUACGUCUUUAAACAAUCUUGGGAGUGUGUAUAGAGGUACUGGAAACUACGACAAAGCUAUAGAGUUUCACGAAAAAGCUCUCGAAAUUCGAAAACAAUCGUUAGGUCCAAAUCAUGUUGAUGUUGCUGCGUCUUUAAACAAUCUUGGUAUUGUGUAUAUUAUAACUGGAAACUACGACAAAAGUAUAGAGUAUUAUGAAAAAGCUCUGGAAAUUCAAAAACAAUCGUUAGGUCCAAAUCAUGUUGAUGUCGCUAGGUCUUUAAACAAUCUU